UUAUCUUCCCGCAGCGAAACUCGAAGCUGGAAUCACCAACGAGAUGUACAGGAUUGGCAGUCUUGACAGUGUCAUCCCACGUGCCAUCAACACCAAGUACUCUCUGAACUUGAAAGGACGCAAGAUCGAAAUUCUCGAAGCCGGAAUCCGUCUGGAGGGAGUGCAGUCGCUUGUCGACAAGAUCUUCGGAUACAGGGGAUCCUUCGACAACAGGAACGCCGCCGAGGUCGAUCAGCUCACCAGGAGGAUGAACAUCGUUAACCGGGAGAGUGACGAGCCAAGCAUCUACGCAAACCUGAAGGUCUUCGGCAGAGAGAUCACCUUCGUAGACCUGUACGGAGCCGACAUCGUCCGCGGAAUCAUGAACGAAGGCAUGGUCAGCCUGCCCAACAUUGAGAGGAAGCUGCGCGAGGGAUACGAUCUCACAUUCACCAAGAUUCAGCCACUCGUCAUGGCUCGCACCAUCGUGCCGACACACGCCGGUCUGCCCUUGCAGCUGCACCUGUGUGGAGUCAAGGUCAUCACCAACAAGGGCGUCGUGAGGGGUUCCUUCGAGCCGGCUCUGUACCAGACCCAGCGCCUCAACAUUCCAAACUCUCUGACACUGACCGCGGACAUCGUCCCAAGGGUCAUCGUUGACAUCGUCGGAAACAUGACAGUCAAGCUGGCCACCUUCAGCGCAGGCGCUGGCAUCACCGCUCAGCUCGCUGUUGAGAAACCGAUCCGUGGCAGCGUUAACAUCGACAUCGCCACCAAGCAGCUGACAGUCGAUAUGGAGCCCGUCGAG